AUGCGUCUUCUGAACACCAAAGACAUCAUCAUCGAGUCUUUCCCAAGCCCGGCUAGACCCAAGAUUCCCGACUACGUGAUCCUGUCCCACAGAUGGAGAGACCAAGAGAUCUCUUUCCAAGACAUCGAGCACCGCAAAGCGGGCGACAGCACCGCCGAUCUCGAAGGCAUUGAAGGGUAUGAUAAGAUCCUCCACUGCUGCCGCGAGGCCCGGAACGUUGGAUUUGAAUACGUAUGGAUUGAUACCUGCUGUAUCAACAAGAAUGAUCAAGUCGAGUUGACCGAGGCGCUCAACUCCAUGUUCCAUUGGUACCGGAGGGCGCAAGUGUGCUACGCAUAUAUGUCUGAUGUAGAGAGCGACGAAGAUCCGCUGGCCGAGGGCUCCAAGUUCAGGGAAAGCAAGUGGUUUACUCGCGGGUGGACGCUGCAGGAAUUGGUUGCGCCGCAGUACGUGAUCUUCUUCGACCGCCACUGGAAAGAGAUCGGGACGAAAUCUAGCUUCCAGGAUCUCAUUACGAAGAUCACCGGGAUCCCUGCGCAGGUUCUCUUAACGAACUCGGCGGGCGACAUCAGCGUGGCUCAGAGAAUGUCGUGGGCCGCGAACAGGCAGACGGCAAGAACGGAGGAUUUGGCGUACUGUCUCUUGGGGCUGUUCAACGUGAACAUGCCAAUGGUCUAUGGGGAGGGGUACAACGCCUUUCGUCGCUUGCAGCUCGAGUUUAUGAAGGUUUCAGAUGACCAGACGAUAUUUGCUUGGUCAGACUCUGGCGGCGACCGAGGGCUCCUUGCCCGGUCACCAGAAGAUUUCCGGCAUUGCGCCGACGUCAGGAGAUAUGGUGAUAGCCCUGCGUUUGCCGUGACCAACAAAGGUAUCAAUUUGAAGCUCCCCCUCAUCCCACAGCCCGACGGGACUUUUCUGGGAGUUCUGAGCUGUCAGCGCAAACAGGGUUACGUGUAUCCAGAUCGAUAUCCCCUCGGCAUAUACCUGAGCAGGCCCGAUGAGAAGUACCCGAGCAGCUACGUCCGGGUGCACUCUUCGAGGAUAGAGGAGAUCAGGGAGGACGUAUCCUCCUAUGAGAGAACGGAGGUUUAUGUCCGGGAGGCUGAUCCCACGGGCUUGGACGUGUCCAACUGGAUGCAACCGGAAUCUGAAUACCGCUUCUUCUUCAGCAUUAAACAACGCGGCCACGCACUCCCGGAGGUUGAAUAUACCGACCUGGAAACGGGCUCCUUCUGGGAUGUAAAGGAAGACGGGAGCAUCAGCCUCACGUAUCGGGGUUCGGGGUGCAACUCGAUCCUCGUCUUCAGAUCGGCCGACCAAGACCGCCUCUUCGCCGUCUCGCUGGGUGUGCACAACUACAGCGUAUGGAGCGCCAUGCACACUUCCUCGCACGCUAACAUCAAGAAGCUCGCCUGGGAGUACUGGGGUGGCGACCUGAGGAUGGCGCGCUGGGACAAUAUGGACCGCCGCAAGCUGGAUCUGGGAGAGGGCGAUGUGGCUCGCCUGGCUAUCCGCAAGGGCCAACGGGAUGGCCGCAGGGCCUAUCUGAUCGACAUCGACGCUAGCGAGAGCUUUUGGCUCGACAAGCUCGGCCCCGGCAAUUUCCCCGGCUGGUGGGAUUCAGAGGAGAACGAGGCAACGAAUAUCGUCCCGGAGUUCGACUGA